AUGGAGAUCAACGCGACCACCGAUCCUUCACCAGCACAUGUUGCUUUGUCCGGACCCGGAGAGACUUCAUCACCGGGAUUUUCUUCCAAUGAUAACCCAAUAACGCCCCUCGAUCUUGUAGAAGGUCCAAAAAUUCGCACGAAGCUGCGUCUUUACGCUAUUUUACUAGCUCUCUAUCUCGCCCUUGGCCUAGCCGCUCUUGACCAGACAAUUGUCUCAAUAGCCAUUCCCACAAUUUGUGCUGAUUUGCAUUCUGCUUCUGGUUAUGUUUGGAUCGGUGGCGCCUACCUGCUUGCCAACGCCGCUACAGGCCCAAUCUGGGCAAAAUUCAGCGACAUCUGGGGCCGCAAGCCCGUGCUCCUCGCAGCAAUCGGCUUAUUCGCAGUCUCUAGUAUACUUGUGGCGCUAAGUAUCAACAUGACAAUGCUCAUCGCUGCACGCUCAUUACAGGGUGUCGCUUGUGGUGGUCUAGGACAAGUGGUGAUCAUCACGAUUUCAGAUCUUUUCAGUGUACGGAAACGAUCGUUAUACUUGGGAUUCGUUGGAUUCGUGUGGGCAGUCGCUGGAUCAGCUGGUCCGCUAAUUGGGGGAGCUUUUAUUCAGUACAAGAGCUGGAGGUGGUGCUUCUGGAUCAAUCUUCCCAUUUCGGGAGUAACCUUCGUUCUCCUACUUAUGUUGCUCGAUGUGCACAACCCGCGCACAAAGAUAAUUGAAGGCGUUCGAGCUGUCGACUGGUUCGGGACAAUCUCUAUUCUGGCGGUAACCCUCCUCAUUCUUGUCGGACUCGACUUCGGUGGUGUAGUAUUUCCCUGGAACAGCCCGAAAGUCAUCUGCUUGAUAGUAUUUGGAACUCUAAUGAUCGGGUUCUUUCUCUUUAGCGAGAAAAGACUUGCCAAGUAUCCCCUGAUGCCGCUAGCAGUGUUUAAAAAUUCGUCCAACAAUGCAACGUUUACAGUUGUGUUUGCCCACAGCAUGGUUCUAAUAGGUAUUGAAUAUUAUCUACCAUUAUACUUUCAAAGUGUACUACAAGUGUCACCUCUUCGUAGUGGUGUUUUGUUGCUACCACUGAUAGUAAUACAAGCCGUCCUUGAGAUUAUGGCUGGUGCUACUAUCAACCGCACAGGUCGCUAUAGGGAGUUCAUGUGGGUAGGAACGACCCUUAUGACUUUAGGAACAGGGUUGUACAUACAUUUCGGAGCCGACACAUCCGUUGCAGUCGUCAUUGGGUUGGAAACUGUUGGUGCUUUUGGCCCCUCUCUUCUUUUCCAGGCUCCUAUGGUUGCUAUUCAGAACACUGUUAGCCAGGUUGAUACUGCCGCAGCCACAGCUUCCUUAGGUUUCGUCCGCAACAUUGCAAUGGCGUUGUCUGUCGUGGUUGGUGGUGUGGUUUUUCAAAAUAGUAUGGAUGCACGACAAUCAUCCCUUGCUGCCGCUGGCCUCAAUGAAACUGCUCUUAAGGCUUUGUCAGGUAGCCAGGCAGCGGCAAAUGUGGGUAUUCCGCAGUUAAUUCAGGAUGCUUUCCAACGUCGGGUAAUUCUAGAAGCUUUUGCAUGGAGCCUCAGGAAUAUGUUUAUAUUGUAUACGUGCUUGGCGGCUGUGGCCAUGGUAGCUAGUGUAUUCAUCAAGCACCAAAGGCUAAGCACCGAACACACAGAGACAAAGACAGGAAUACAAUCAUUAACAACAGUGGUGGAUACGACAGGCUGA